AUCUUUAUGGUCCCUUCCAACCCAAACAAUUCUAGGAAUGGAAGCUCUUUCUGCCUCUUCCUACCCAGGAACUAUCUCCACCCUCUAGGAUCCCAGGGCACUGCUGGUUUCUAUUUUUACAGAAGAUACUUUUUUUUACAGUAUCAAUUUGGAUCUAAUGUCCUUGGGAUGCCAAGCAACUGAUAUCAUUAUUCCACAUGAAGUCUCCCAAUAUUCAUAAAUGAAACAUGGUGGAAGAAACUGAAAUCCCAGGAACUUAUCCAGUAUGGGAGAAAACAAGAACAUGGGUUCAGCUUCGCUCCCUGUAAUAGGUGUCGUGUUUGAAUAUGGUGAUUUCUCACAGGAAUUGCCUCCCAGUAAUUAAUCUCUGAGCUCUGCUGGAAGACAAGUUGUGCAGAGUGUGUCAGUUCACGUGUACUCCCACUCUGAAUGCGUAAGGAAUCCAGGAGUCUAAUAGGGAAAUUAUUUCAUAUAGAAAGGCAAUGUAUUAACAUUUUCCAGAAGAAAAGCCUUGGAGCGUGUUUUGUAGUGGAGUACAGAGAGAAACAAGUGGCACACAAAUUACAGCUGAAUUUGCUGCUACUGAACACGGAAGAGUCAUUUGUUUUCUCAGGGAAAAAGCAAACAUGCUCAGCAAUCCACUGGUGACCCUCCCACUUUAAGUGCAGGCUUUUUAUCUGCAGGACAAGUUUGAGGACGCUGGUGUGGGAUGAUGCCGAGUUCUUGACAAACCACUUCGUCAUCACCUGCAAAGUUUCCCAAAACAUCAAUUUCAGCUUCCACUUAAGGACACGCAAAUGCCCUCAUGACCAGAGUUUCAGGGAGUUACUGCAGAGGAAGAGGCGGCAGCACAUCCCACACCAGGCUGGAAGAGGUGCAGAAAGGAGAGGAAGGGGGGAGAACAAGAGGUAAUUCCAAGAUGGUGGAUGUUGAUGUUUGUGCGGGUGGAGAUAGCACCAGAAGAAAAAUGGAUGCUCUGACGGAUAGUGCAGUUGAGAUUGUCCCCUUGGAGCUCUAUGAUUCAGCCAGAGCAAAAAUAGCUGCUAAUCUACAAUGGAUCUGUGCUAAAGCCUACGGAAUAGACAACGUCCCAGAGGAGCUGAAGGACCCGUUUUACAUCGACCAGUACGAGCAGGAGCACAUCAAGCCCCCGGUGAUCAAGCUGCUGCUGUCCAGCGAGCUGUACUGCCGCGUCUGCAGCCUCAUCCUCAAGGGCGACCAGGUGGCGGCUCUGCAGGGCCACCAGUCCGUGAUCCAGGCGCUGUCUCGGAAGGGGAUUUACGUCAUGGAGAGCGAUGACACACCUGUGUCUGAGUCUGAGCUGGGCUCGGCACCAAUCAAAAUGAGCUCUCACAUGGCCAUGAUUGAUGCUCUGAUGAUGGCCUACACCGUGGAGAUGAUCAGCAUUGAGAAGGUGGUGGCGAGUGUCAAGCGCUUCUCUACAUUCAGUGCCUCGAAAGAACUGCCCUAUGAUUUGGAGGAUGCAAUGGUUUUCUGGAUUAACAAGGUGAACCUUAAAAUGAGAGAGAUAACAGAGAAAGAGAUUAAAUUAAAACAGCAACUAAUGGAAAGUCCAGGGCAUCAAAAGUCUCCUUCCAAAUGGUAUUGGAAAUUAGUACCUGUGCGUUACCGACGGGACCAUCUCUCCAGCAGACAAUUACCUUACUUCCCUUUGCUGGAGGAUCUGAUGAAGGAUGGCAGUGAUGGUGCUGCUCUUCUAGCUGUGAUACACUAUUAUUGUCCAGAGCAAAUGAAACUGGAUGAUAUCUGUUUGAAGGAGGUGACAUCAAUUGCAGACAGCCUCUAUAACAUCCAACUCCUGAGAGAAUUCUCAAAUGAGUACCUGAACAAAUGCUUUUACCUCACCUUGGAGGACAUGCUCUAUGCUCCUUUGGUUUUGAAGCCUAACGUCAUGGUGUUCAUUGCAGAACUCUUCUGGUGGUUUGAGAAUGUCAAACCAGACUUUGUCCAACCCAGAGAUAUUCAGGAAAUAAAAGAUGUCAAAGCAGUGAUGCAGCAGAAGAGCAGCCGCCCCCCUGUCCCCAUCUCCAACGCCACCAAGCGCAGUUUCAUGGCCAGUCCUGCCAGUCCCAGCCCAGCAGAGCUGCAGCCCUCGGCCCAGACAGCCCCUGAGGCCUGCAGCAGGUACUACCUGCACCCCGAGGAGCCUGAGUACCUUGGCAAAGGAGGAAGCCCUGCCUUUAGCCCUUCCCAUCCACUGCUCCCUUUGAGGCAAAAGCAACAAAAAUCUUUACAGGGAGAAGACAGCCCUGGGCAGCGGCAUCGUUCGAAUUCUCUGACCCGCAUGGACGGGCAGCCACGAGGGGCAAUUCUUGCAUGGCCAGAGAAGAAACCCAGGCCUCUGUCUCAGCCAACACCGUUUGCUCUUCAUCAUUCUGCCAGCACUGAUGUGGACCCCGGGUCUGGUGACAGCAUCAGCCUGGCCAGAUCCAUCAGCAAGGACAGCCUGGCUUCAAACAUUGUCAAUGUAACCCCAAAAAAUCAGCCCCACCCUCCGGCAGUGAAAGCCAACGGGAAGAGCUUGCUGAACAACGUGGAGAUGGAGGAUGAAGAUGAAGAGCUCAUUGCAAUUAUCAGAUCUGAGGAGAGGCCAAACCGUGGUGACCUCGAGGUGCAGAACCCACCAGCCAGGGUGCCCAGCAUAGUGACAUCAGCCUGGUCCCCAAAAACCAACAGCGACACCUCGGACAGCAAACCAGAGAGCUUUUACCUGGAGCCCUUAAUGCCCGCGGUUCUGAAACCAGCCAAGGAGAAACAGAUCAUCAACAAGGAGGAUGAGUGUGGGGAGGGGAAACAAAGGAGUUUUGUAACCAAGAGGUUAAAUGAAGGACACUUGCCUUUGGGCCGCAAGAAAGCGCCGAGCAGUCAUGGUGAGCACGACCUCAAUAGGACUUUUACUCCCAUUUCUAGCUCUGAUUUCACUCCAGCUGCAGAUCCCAGUACUGCAGAUCCAGUGGCCCUGGGGGAAGCAGGUUUAGAAGCUUCCAGACCUUUGGCCAGUAGCAGUUUAGAUCCUUCCUCUCAGGAGGUGUCCACUGGAGGAUUCUUUCUUCAUGCUGCUAAACCUGAUGAUGAGGUAACGAGCAAAGUCAAUGUAAGUUAUGUGAAAGGCCUCAGUUUGCACGGGCAGGACACGACCUGGACUAUGGUGAGACAGGACUCGGAGUCGGAUCUCUUGGACAUGGAAGACACUGAGCAGGAUUUGAUGGCCAUGGGUGACCAUCCCAUAGUCACUAAGUACAUUGGAGAGGAAGAAUCUGCAAAACUGCAAGAGGACAUGAAGGUGAAGGAGCACGAGGACAAGGAUGAUGCCAGUGGGCGCUCCAGCCCCUGCCUGAGCACCAUCUCCCAGGUGAGCAGCGUGUCCGUGGCCAGCGGGAGCGUCCGCAUGACCAGCUUCGCUGAGCGGAAGCUGCAGAGGCUCAACAGCUACGAGACCAAGUCCAGCACGAGCAGCUCCCAGAAGACCACACCAGAUGGGUCAGAGAGCUGCCCAGCACCACUGACCACGUGGAAACAGAAGCGAGAGCAAAGCCCCAGCAGACAGAACAAAGAUAACGUUAAUCUUUUGGCUUCGGAGUUGGUGCAGCUCCACAUGCAGCUGGAAGAGAAACGCCGGGCCAUAGAAGCUCAGAAGAAGAAGAUGGAAGCCUUAUCAGCAAGGCAGAGACUAAAGUUGGGCAAGGCAGCUUUCCUGCAUGUUGUUAAAAAAGGAAAGUCUCCUGAUGGCCCACAACCCCUUAAACCAGAACAUUUUGCAAAAGAGUAUGCUCGGCACAACGGGGAAGACUUAGAUGAAGUUUCUUUGGGUUCCAAACCUGAGGAGUUUCUUGGGAAAGAGGAGGAGAGAGAAGAAAUGCUCAGCGAUUCUCAAGAAGUGGCAAAAGUCAAAAUGCAGGAAAGCCUGGCUUUUGCUGAGCAACACAAACCAAAAGACUCUGCUGCUAUACAUGAUCUGGAAAAGAGUAAAAUUAUUUCUGUCGCCCUCCUAGAAGACAACGUGACCGAGGUGGACAUAAAUGAAUGUGAUCUUUCUAUUGAAAAACUGAAUGAAACAAUCAGCACCCUUCAGCAGGCCAUCCUAAAGAUUUCCCAGCAACAGGAGCUGCUUAUGAAAUCUCCAACAGUGCCAUCACCAGGAACCAGAAGUAACUCUCAGGACCAAAAGGUAAAGCCUUCGAUUCACUUUGUGGAGCCCCUGUCUCCAACUGGAAUGAACAGCCUGCGGAAACCACCCCGGUUUGGCCAAGGGAGGACUCCUCGGUCAGGAAGACCAACUGAUCUCAAAGUCCCUAAAGACAGACAGCAAAACUCAACACGAGUUAAAACCCCAACACCAAGUCUAGAAAACCUACCCCAUUUAAGACCAUUCCCACCCAACAGCUUGGCAAAGACACCCACGGAAAUCGGCUUGGAAGGGAGUCCUGACCUUGGAAGUGGCUCUCAAGAGAAGUGUUUCUUUGAUACCUAUAGACUUCAUGACGAGAGCAAUCAAAGGGCACUUGUCCUCUCCACCUCCAAAGAUGCAAAUAUUCUGUCUGAAAUGAGCCAGGAGGUGAACAACAGCUUCAAGGAAACAGGGCUGAAUUCUUCCGAUGGCUCGGGCAAAGAGAACGUCCCGGUGGAGGAGCCACUGAGGAGCAAGGCCAACCUCAUUGAAGUGGACUUGUCUGACUUAAAAGCUCCAGAUGAAGGAGAACUUGAAAACCAGGACAGCUCCACGGAUCUGAUCAGUGAAGGUGAUCAGAAGUCUGGUGUGGGCUUUUUCUUCAAGGAUGAGCAGAAGGCAGAGGAUGAGUUGGCCAAGAAACGCGCGGCGUUCCUGCUGAAGCAGCAGCGCAAAGCCGAGGAGGCUCGGAUCCGGAAACAGCAGCUGGAGGCUGAGGUGGAACAGAAAAGAGAUGAAGCUCGUCGCAAAGCUGAGGAGGACCGGAUACGGAAAGAGGAGGAGAAGGCCCGAAGGGAACUUAUCAAGCAGGAAUAUCUAAGGAAAAAACAGCAGCAAAUCUUGGAGGAGCAAGGGCUUGGAAAGCCCAAAUCAAAGCCCAAAAAACCCAGGCCGAAGUCGGUCCAUCGUGAAGAGUCUUACAGUGAUUCAGGGACAAAGUGUUCUUCCACACCUGAUAAUUUGAGCAGUGCUCAAUCUGGUUCCAGUCUGUCUUUGGCCUCAGCAGCAACAACUGAGCCUGAAAGUGUUCACUCCGGUGGCACCCCCUCGCAGAGAGUUGAAUCAAUGGAGUCCUUACCCAUUCUGAGCAGAAAUCCCAGCAGGAACACAGAGAGAGACUGGGAAAAUGCUUCCACAGCUUCUUCUAUUGCUUCAGUGGCAGAAUACACAGGUCCAAAAUUAUUUAAGGAGCCCAGCAGCAAAUCCAACAAGCCUAUUAUUCACAAUGCUAUAUCUCACUGCUGUCUUGCUGGAAAAGUGAAUGAACCACAUAAGAAUUCAAUAUUAGAGGAACUAGAAAAAUGUGAUGCCAACCACUACAUCAUUCUGUUCCGCGACGCCGGCUGCCAGUUCCGAGCACUUUACUGCUACUACCCCGACACGGAGGAGAUCUACAAGCUGACAGGAACGGGGCCAAAGAGCAUCACCAAGAAGAUGAUUGACAAACUCUAUAAGUACAGCUCGGACAGAAAACAGUUUAACGUGAUCCCAGCCAAAACCAUGUCGGUGAGCGUGGACGCCCUGACCAUCCACAACCACUUGUGGCAGGCCAAGCGACCCGCGGUGCCAAAGAAGAGCCAGACUCGGAAAUGACAGGGCGGGAUCUGCCGGGGACAAGGAUCUGCUCGCUUGGGAGCGCGGCAAGAGAAGACGUGUUUACCAUUCUCCUCCCGUUGGGUAUGAGAUGUGCAGAACCAUAAACACUUUUUAAGAAGCUUCGGGGACAGAAACCGUGGGUGCGAGUUCUUGAGGAUGAAGGAACGUUUGCCAGUGUUUUUUUAUGAAUGAUCAAUCUGCUGUUACACCCAAUGCUAUAACUACUGUGGCUUUCGGCUGACGAGGGACUGUGCAUGUAGCAAGAUCUUUAACAAGUGGAUUUCCUUUUACUUGAAGCUUUUCAUCGGUACAAAUUGGGAAUAAUUUAAUUCUCUCUCCUCUCCACCUCAUUCCCUCCUUUUUUUUCCUGUCCUUCUCAAAAGUUGGCGAGCUCCGAGCUUCGGUAGGAGGAUUGAACAGAUCUCGGGUGAAGUGCUUUGGGUUUGGUUUGGUUGGUUGUUUUUUUUUUUAAACAGUCUUUAGGGAAAUCUUCCUUUCAGACUUUUUUUGGAGGAACUGUUUAAUACAUCCAGUUGUUGUACUGUAUCUACUGCCAACGUUAAGUCCAGCUCUCAGAUUUCUGAAAAAAAAAAAAGGCAAAAAAAAAAAAAAAGCCCCAACUCGUGCUGCUCAGAACAGAGUUUACUUGCAGUAUCUGUUUAGGAUAAGCAUUGCAAGGAUUGCAAAAGCCAGUCUUUUUCUAAAAAAAAAAUAAAUAAUAAAAUAAUUGUUCACAGAUGUAAAGAUCUCUGGAAUACAAUCAUGAAGAGGCAUAACAGGUGCUAUAGCUGGAACGUGCCUGACUGCAACUUAAGGCAAUGCAGCACAGUGGUUACUGAUUUCAGUUUCAGGUAGUGUCCUAAAGAUUUGUUUGCUUUAAUAAAGGUGGAUUCUGGUAGGUAUAGAACAUUUCCACUCUGAGCACGCUACUCCUGUACGAUGGUGCACUUAAUGAUCACAGAUUUUAAUGUUUUUAUUACAUCAUGAAAUGUAAUUCUACUUUCUUUGUCCUGUCUUUAUUCUGAAUGAGCAGCAUGCUCUACAAUGAAGAGUGUGUUAUGUUUUUUAUUUUGGGUGAUAUAUUAAUAUAUAUUGAUUUGUUUUUCUCAUUUGAAAACAAUUUUUAAACAGAGACAUUUGCAUUUGUUUCAAAAGCCCAAAUAAGUCGAAUGGCUUGGAUUUCUUUUCAUGUUGAAAUAUUAAAUCUUGAGUUAUGACCUUAAAAGUCUUUGUGUUUCAGCAGAUUAAAUUUUUGUCUGUGGUAACAGGGUAUAUUUGCAGUUCCUUUUUUUUUUAUUAUUUUUUUUUCUCUCUCUUUUUUUUUUUUUUUUUAUUUUUAAUCCUCCCAUGUCUCAUCCUUGGCCCCAGCUGGUUUCCAAGUAGGUUCCUGUAGCAAUUCCCUAAUUUAAUCUGCUCCUCCGUGGGUCCGACACGUCCCCCUGUGGGGUCAGGGAGGUUCUGGCUUUGGUUUGCACAUGUUUACUUUUAUUUGAAGUGUUACUUGAAUCCAGGUCUCUGGAGUGCAAAAGGCCCUGGACCAUCCUCGAGAUGAGCUCUGGACUCCAGACAGUGUAAUUAUGAACCCCUGAGAUAAUGGAAUUACAGAGAGUUCUGUACCUGGUGGGAAUUAGGGACGGAAUGAAGGGCUGGGUAGGUAGGGCAAAGUGAAGGGCUUCCAGUGUGGUCUCUCCAUGGUUUUUCCCCCCUCCAGUACUCCCUGACUAGGCUGCUGCAACUUUGUAAAUGAUGUUGGAUAGUUUGCUGCUUGUAAAUAAUUAAAAGGCUUUAUGGUUUCUAAAGUGCUGAGUAUUAAACACCGUCAUGAGUGUAACUUUUGUUACCAUGCUUUCCAUGCUUGUGCUUUAUUUCUCACUGUUUGAUAUUAUAAACCAUAUUUAUUUUAUGAAACACUGAAAUUUAAUAAAAAUCAUUAACUGA